AUGCAUGCGUGAAGGCGCUAGGCGUGGCUACAAGGAUUGGGCACGUGAAGGGUACAGGUAUACGUGCAGGUAGGCCUAAAUUAAAAAUGGCUGAGGGUGGCUACGAUUAUAGUUUUGUUGAUAAACAUCUUCCCGAUGAAUUCAUAUGUGCCCUCUGCACAUUAGUUGCGCGUGAUCCACACCAAACAGACUGUUGCCACAAUAUCUUUUGUGAUACUUGUUUAAAGAAACUUCGUCGGUCGACAAGGCCAUCGAAACCCAACUGCCCUCUUUGUAGUCAGAAGAAGUUCGCCUCCUUCAAAGAUGGAAUCGUCAAUCGUAAAAUCAUCGGUCUUGAAGUUUACUGCAGUAACCGCGAGGAGGGUUGUGAUUGGCAGGGAACCAUCAACGAAACUGGUACCUCAAUAGGUAUUCAUCUGAACAAUUGCCCCUAUCAACUGGUACCUUGCACUGACGAGUGUGGAGAGGAGAUUAGGAGAAGUGCACUGGAGACGCACCUGGCAGACGACUGUACCAAACGAUUGGUUAACUGUAAGUAUUGCAACCGGAUAGGUCGAUAUCAACUGAUAACAAGCAGCAAUCAUCUCGACGAGUGUCCUGACCUCCCAGUCCAAUGCAACAAUGAAGGUUGCAAUGAAAAGAUACUGCGUCGCUCACUAGCAUCACACAAUGAGACCUGCCCUAAAGCUACCGUACCAUGUGAAUACAAUACUCUUGGAUGUAAUAAGAAAAUAAAGAGACAAGAACAAGAGAGACACAAUGAAAUGUCAAUACUUACACACCAACAUUUAACAAAGAACCAACUAGAAGAGAGAAUCAAAUCUUUUGGAAGAAAUUCGGAGGUGUUUAAAGUAAGCCAAUUUGGAAACAUUGAAACAUGGCAGAGUCCUGGCUUCUACACAUCACCCUUGUUCAAGUACAAGAUGUCUUUACUAGUGUUUCCUAAUGGGAAGGGUGCAGGUAAAGGUACUCACGUCUCUUGUUUCUUAUGUCUCGUGGCAGGAGAAUACGAUGAUAUAUUGGAGUGGCCAUUUCAAGGAGAAGGUACUGUAGAACUGCUGAAUCGAUUGGAGGAUAAGAAUCAUAAGAAAUGCACCAUAUCAUUUGAUGACACACUUCCAGAGAAGUAUAGGCAAAGAGCAAAGAAAGGUACAAGCACUAAUGGAUAUGGUAUUGACACAUUUGUAUCGCACAAAGAGCUGAAGUAUAAUGCAAUUGCUAAUCUGUCAUCCUCAUGGAUAAACUACCCGACAUAUUCAUCAUUUAUUUCUAUCGUGAAGGAGUCAUACAUGCAAUGGAGUCCUUGAAAAUCCUACCACUAAAAGCAAUGAUGACACCUAAGAAACAUGAUCAAGUUGGUAAGGCUGCUUCACCAUCUGGAGACUUGUCCUCAUCUCCUCCCAUUGGUGGCCCAUUGGCUAUGCUCCACCCCCUGCCCAACCCACCCCAGGCUCCUCUAACACAUGUAGUAUAUUAUGUACAUGUAUGUUUACUUCAACAUUGUAACUGUGUCAGAAAAUCAUGUACAGUACAUGUACUAUAAUACUACACAAAAAUGACUUGAAAAUUUGCCAUCUUUAUAACUUUUCCGAUGCAUACAGUAUGUACAUGUGUACAUGUUCUUAUGUUUUGUAGCAAGUUUGAGCUGAUUUUGAUUGAAAUUAGAUUUUCUACGAAUUGUUAAAGCUACUCAAAAAUUUUGUCAAA